GUGUUCUUUAACGACGUGGCGGACCAAUUUAGGGUCGUUCGGCCACCACACGGCUCAAAUGCCCUUUGGACGUUUAACAUAUCUCGGCGGCGUGUGAAUCAUCACCGGUAACUACCGUGCACUUCCGAUUAUCUCUAUCACUGAUUACUUAUCAGCUGAUAAAGAUCAUCAAGCUUGAAUGAAUGGUGCUACCACAUCUAGCAGCUUAAAGUCAGCCUUCUCAUACUGUGUACAACAAGUUCGCAACUAUGAUUAUCAUCACUACCUCUGUCUUCUUGAACUCCCAACCACCAUGCGAAGAGCUGCUUUUGCUCUUCGUGCCUUCAAUGUUGAAACAUCAAGAGCAAUGGAUGUUGCUUCAGACCCGAAAAUUGGCUUAAUGCGUCUUCUAUGGUGGCAAGAUGCCAUUGACAAGAUCUUCAAGAACAAAAUCAUCGAACACCCAACUGCCUUAGCUCUCGCAUCUGUAAUAUCCGAUCAAAAAAUCAGCAAAAACUGGUUGAAACGAUCUGUUGAAGCUCGUAUAAACGAUGCCCAAAGGGAUGUUGAUGACAUCUAUCAAACAAUUGAAGAGUUAGAGAAAUAUGCUGAAGAUACUUCAUCAACUCUUCUGUAUACAACUCUUCAAGCAGGAGGAAUAGCAUCAACAACUGCAGAUCAUGCAGCUUCACAUAUAGGAAAAGCAAGUGGUCUUCUUUUGCUGAUAAAGUCUCUUCCCUAUCAUGCUAACAGGAACCAUAGCUUUUCUUAUAUACCAUUAAAGGUGGCUGAAAAACAUGGGUUGUUAGUUAAAGAUGGAGAUAGGGUGGAAAUAAGAACUGAUUCACGUGAGAGAUUGAGUGAUGCGGUUUUUGAUAUGGCAUCAAUGGCUAAUGCCCAUUUGCAGAAAGCUCGUGUUUUGACUGAAUCAGUGCCUAAAGAAGCUAGGUCAAUACUUCUGCCAGCUGUCCCUUCACAAGUGAUUUUGGAUUCUUUGAGUCGAGUUGGGUUUGAUGUGUUUGACUCUAGGCUAAAUCGGGGGAUUUUGGGUGUUCCUCCAUUGUUGUUUCAGUUGAAAUUGAAGUGGCAUUCAUGGAGAGGUAUGUACUAAUUGUUUUUCGUUACAUUUUUUGCUAAUUAAAUAACAGAUAGAGUUCCCAUAUUAAAAAGGGUAAUAAAAAGGUAAAGGAAGAACCUUGUGGUUUAUUUAUUUGCUACCAAUGAUUUUGUAUUCAAUGAUGUUUAUUUUGAUUUCUUAUUCAUUGAUCUGUAUCAAAAUGUACAAGUUUUAUUUCUUGUUUGACAGAAAUGUUUGUCAUUUGGGGCUC